CUUUGAUAGGUCUUUGAUACUGUGACUCUGAUCUACCUGCAGUAACCCUAGUACUCCUCCCUUUUUAACCAGAUAGCGUAACGGUAGGGGUAUAGCUUUCAGCUUUCUCACGAGACCCUGUCCCACUCCCACCUGAAUUCAAACAAUAGAAAGAAAAUAUUAGCGGUCUUUUGAAUUUGAAUCUCGUAACUCGUAACGGUUGAAUCCCCCCUUUCCUCCUCUUUACUCUCUCCCGUCCUCCUACCAUCCCCCCAUCUCUCUCUUGGUCUCACGCCUCCUCGCUAUGGCUUCGCUUACUCCAGGAAUCCUCCUAAAGCUCCUGCAGUCCAUGAACUCUCCCACGCGCGUCACCGGCGACUACCGCUCCGCUCUCCUUCAAGUAAUUGGUAUCGUCCCAGCUCUCGCUGGCUCUGACCUUUGGCCCAACCACGGCUUCUACGUUCAACUCUCAGAUUCCCUCAAUUCCACCUACGUCUCCCUCUCCGAGCGCGACACCGAAUUAAUCCUCUCCAACCGGCUACAGCUCGGCCAAUUCGUCUACGUUGAUCGAUUCCAUUUUGACUCCCCCUUGCCACGUGUCUCCGGCAUACGUUCCAUAGCAGGUCGCCACCCUUUCGUUGGUUCCCCUGAUCCUCUCAUCGCCCGCAUUUCGUCUUCCAAAAGGGAUUUCCUUAUACAACCCGUAUCCGAAUCCGAAUACUCCGUGGUUCCUAUUGCGGUUUACUUGUCUAACAAGAAAUUGGAACAACAGCAAACUCCAACUAUAAACAAGGAUUUGAAAAUUGAAAAGCCCAAAACAAGGCAGCCUCUCGCGCCUAGAGAUAAUGUUACAGUUAAUGAAAAUUUGGAAUCCGAAUCCAAGGUUUCAGAAAAGCCUCCGCAAAGAUUUUCGUCACCGGCGACCGCCAAACGUUCCGUUUCAGCUGUUAAGAAAACCAAUGCCGUGGUUGUGGAAAGAGAUCCAUCUCCGGCGGGGAAAGGGAAGAGAUCUGCAUCUCCGGUACCGUCAAAAUGCGUGGUACCCAGCUUGGUGGCAGCCAAGGAAGAGAAUAGGAAAGUUGCGAGAGAGCCGGCGAUCAUAGUUCCAUCAAGGUAUAGGCAACCUUCGCCUAACGGAAGGAAGCAGGCAUCACCGAGUGCCCGAAGAGCAUCGCUUUCUCCAGGGAGGAGGCUGUCCGGGGGGUUGAGGGUUUUGCCGGCUGUAGGGGAUUCGAAGAAGAAGAUGGCAACGAUUGUUGCUGGGAUUUCGAAGGUCUCCGAAGCUCUGGUGGGAUCGGCAAAGAGUAGUAGGAAGAGCUGGGAUGAGCAGCCAGAGAAAGGUUCAGGGGAACACAAGGAGAAAGCUUCUGUUAAGACUAAGCCGAAUCUGCAAGCAAUUUUGCGGACUCAGGCAGCCAUUUCAAGUCGUUUAAGUGAUGUACAUAUUCAGAAAUCCAAUGAUGAACAUUCUUCGAGCAAUAAGAAAACAAAUGCUAGCCCACCUGAAGAUGGUUCGGCCCCGGAGAAAUCAAAAUAUGCGAGUGGGGCUUUGGGAAUCACCAUUCAUGAAAAGAAAUGGACUGAUGGUAGUGUUUCAUGGGAUUCCCUACCUGCUGACCUUGCAAAGCUUGGAAAGGAGGCUAUGCAAAGGAGAGCUCUUGCCUCCAAAGCUGCAGCAGAGGCAUUGGAGGAGGCCAUUGCUACAGAGUCUGUUGUCAGGAAUUUAAGCAUGUUUUCAGAACUCUCCUCUAAAUCAAAGGCUGGGAAUCCUUUGCCCACCAUCGACCAUUUUUUUUCGAUUUAUGAUGAUGUCGUGAAGUAUACUGGGAUUGCUGAGACUGUUGCAGCUAGCCACAAUUCUAACGCAGAAAAUGCCUCCACGAAGCACUCAAAAACCUCUUUUCUAUGGGUUGAAGCUGCACUGGCUACUGAUCUUGAGAUAGUUUCCCUUCUAACCCCUCAAAAUAACGAGUCUCCAUCUGCUCUGCAGAGAAGUUUGUCCAAGAGGCAAUCUCAUCAUGCUUCACCCAAAAACCAACUCAAAGCUAGUUCAUUGCCACAGCUGGAACCUACUGGUGCAAUGUGGACAAGAGGUCAAGGAAUGAAAGAAACGGUGCAUUUUGCACUGAACUUGAAGUCUGAGAUGCAAAUGUGGUUUCUUCGCUUCAUUGAGGAGUCCCUGGAUGCCGGUUUCCGGGUGCUUGGCGAGUGUGCUUCUGGUGGUAGUAAAGCAUUACCUUUGGACUGUGGAUCCAUUGCAGCAGUUUUAUCACAGUUGAAAAGGGUCAAUGAUUGGUUGGACCAAGCAGUUUCAAUCGGGGAUGAACCAUUGGUAGACAAGGUUGAGAAGUUGAAGAGGAAAAUCUAUGGCUUUGUCAUUCAGCAUGUGGGAACCACUUUUGACAAUUCCCCCCAUCUUUCUUCAUCUUGAUUCUUGGUUUACUUCAUUUUGCUUGUUUAAACUUAAACAAGAAUGUUUUUUUUUUUUUGUUAUUGUCUGAAGUUAUUCAGUUCUGGUUAAAAAGGUUGAUCCCUUGUGUAACUAAUGCAGAUAGCAUCGUUUUGGUAUUAUCAGAAUUCAUUUUGUCGCUGUCGUUUUAAUUUGUUGACUCUUUCAAUGCACUUGGGUCCCAACCAGCCACCACAAUUUGACCGAAACUCUCGAGUUUGCCCAUGUCUUGAGCCUUACCCUAUUCCCUCAACUGAAGUUUAGCUCCAAGUCGUCAAACU